UACUUGAUUGGUGGGAUUAACAUUUUCUGGACAGCCCAGCAAAAUUCAGACCACACACUCUAAUUCUAAAGCUGGACCUUCACUCAGGAACUCCUGGCCUGAGACCAAAUUGAGGCACCUUCCUUGAGGCAUUCCAUGGCUCUGAGGCUGUUUUGAGUUCUCAAACUAUCAGAGUGAACUUCCAAGCUGAGAAAUGUAGCAAGCAACUAGAGAGGCCUCCUGGAAAGCCUCUCACAUUCUGGACUGGCAGCUGUCCUGGUAACUCUGCCCCCAAUGUCAUGGAGGCUCAGAAGAUGAUUUAAGAUGUAAAUGCAAGGUGUGACUUCUCUAUGUCUCUCAGCAGAUUUCCUGUUGGCUAAAAGACACAUCUAAGCAUCAGCCUCUGACUACAACCUGCUCCAAACAACCUUGAUCCCUGGACUUGCUGAAAGCAGAUAUAAAACUGUCCAGCCAAUCUGAAUGCUCCUUGGCUCUUAAGCUGGGACAAGCCAUGACUACAGUUGUGGUACAUGUGGACUCCAAAGCUGAGCUCACUGCCCUGCUGGAACAGUGGGAAGAGGACCAUGGAAGUGGGCAGGAUAUGGUACCUAUCCUUACCAGGAUGUCAGAAUUAAUUGAAAAAGAAACUGAAGAAUACCAUAAAGGAGAUCCUGACCCAUUUGAUGAUCACCAUCCUGGUCGAGCUGAUCCAGAGUAUAUGCUGGGCCACUUGCUGAGAGUAUUCUCCAAGAAUGAUCAUUUCAUGAAUGCACUGGUGAACGGGUAUGUGAUGACAAGUAGAGAGCUCCCUUUAAAUACUGCAGCUUGCAGACUGCUACUGGACCUCUUGCCAGGUCUAGAAACUGCAGUUGUCUUUCAAGAAGAGGAAGGGAUUGUAGAAAAUCUUUUCAAAUGGGCCCAAGAGGCUGAUCAGCCACUGAGGACAUAUUCUACAGCACUGUUAGGAGGUGCUAUGGAAAAUGAAGAGAUUGCUGCAAACUAUAGAGAUGAAAAUUCACAGCUGGUGGCAAUAGUGCUUCGCAGACUGAGAGAGCUACAAGUUCAGGAAGUGGCUUUGCGGCAGGAAAGUAAGUGUCCUAGUCCACAGAAGCUUUCAUCAGAGCCACGUUUGCCUCUGGAUGAGGAAGCUGUGAAUAUGGACUAUGGUGACAUGGCAGUAGAUAUUGUGAAUAGAGAGCAUGGUGACAGAGAGAAUGUUAGGAGAGGCCAGCAGAAGUUGGAUUUCUCACCUUCUGAGCCAGAUGGUGUGUUUGCUGAGCUGUCUAAUAGCAGCUGGUCAGAAAUGUCCCCCUGGGUGAUUGGCACCAAUUAUACCCUCUAUCCAAUGACUCCCACUAUUGAGCAGAGACUUCUUCUCCAGUACCUGACCCCUUUAGGAGAGUAUCAGGAGUUACUUCCCAUAUUCAUGCAACUUGGAUGCCGAGAAUUGUUGAUGUUUUAUAUGGAUCUGAAACAGACUAAUGAUGUCCUGCUUACUUUUGAGGCACUCAAGCACCUAGCAUCUCUCCUGAUCCAUAACAAAUUUGCCAUAGACUUUGUUGUACAUGGUGGAGUACAGAAACUACUGGAAAUUCCUCGGCCUUCUAUGGCUGCAACUGGUGUAUCUAUAUGCUUGUAUUACCUGUCCUCCAACCAGGAUGCUAUGGAAAGAGUUUGCAUGCAUUCCGACAGUGUUCUAUCUGCUGUGGUGAACUAUGCCCUAUGGUUAAUGGAAUGUUCUCAUGCUUCAGGAUGCUGCCAUGCUACAAUGUUUUUCUCAGUUUGCUUCUCAUUCCGGGCUGUCUUGGAACUCUUUGACUAUUAUGAUGGUCUGCGUCGUCUAGUGAACUUGAUCAGUACUUUGGAGAUUUUAAAUUUGGAAGACCAGGGUGCACAUGUGAGUGAUGAUAAAAUCCUUGCUACCUGCCAAAGGGGCAAAUAUACCUGCAUGGCUCUGCGAAAGUAUUUUGAGGCUCACUUGGCCAUUAAACUGGAGCAAGUCAAGCAGUCACUUCAGAGGACUGAGGGUGGUAUUCUUGUGCACCCUCAACCUCCAUACAAGGCAUGCUCAUACUCUCGUGAGCAGAUUGUGGAAAUGAUGGAGUUUUUGAUAGAAUAUGGCCCAGCUCAGUUUUAUUGGGAACCUGCUGAAAUCUUCCUCAAGCUUUCUUGUGUGCAGCUCUUGGUGCAGCUUAUUUCCAUCUCCUGCAAGUGGAAGACCUAUCAUGGAAGGAAUGACACUGUGCGCUUUGCUUUGGACGUCCUGGCUAUCCUCACUGUGGUGCCAAAAAUCCAGCUCCAAUUGGCAGAGUCGGUGAAGGUCUUGGAUGGACAUGGCUCUACUGAAUCCACUGUAGGUAUCAACAUCAUUUUGGGAGUGGCUGAAGGUGAAUACUUUAUUCAUGAUGCUGAAAUUCAGAAGUCAGCCCUUCAAGUAAUCAUCAAUUGUGUAUGUGGCCCAGAUAACCGAAUAUCCAGUAUUGGUAAAUUUACUUCUGGAACUCCUCAGAGAAAGCUAUUUCAGAACCCCAAGAGCAGUGAGCAUAUCCUGGCCAAGAUGUGGAAUGUGGUCCAGUCCAACAAUGGCAUCAAGGUGCUUCUGUCCCUAUUGUCCAUCAAGAUGCCCAUCACAGAUGCAGACCACAUCAGGGCCCUGGCCUGCAAGGCCCUAGUGGGCUUGUCUCGAAGUAGCACUGUUGGACAGAUUAUCAGCAAAUUGCCCCUUUUUAGUAGCUGCCAGAUUCAACAGCUGAUGAAGGAGCCAGUGCUGCAGGACAAGCUUAGCAACCAUGUCAAGUUCUGCAACUAUGCAGCUGAGCUCAUUGAGAGAGUAUCAGGAAAGCCUCUUCUGGUUGGCACUGAUGUGUCCCUGGCCCAACUACAGAAAGCAGGUGUUGUUGCCCAGUCAAGGAUCUCCUUCCCUGAGAAAGAACUGCUCCUGUUGAUAAGAAACCAUCUCAUUUCUAAAGGACUUGGAGAGACAGCUACUGUCCUGACCAGAGAGGCUGACCUGCCCAUGACUGCAGCCUCACAUUCUUCUGCCUUCACCCCUGUGACUGCUGCUGCUUUUCCACUCUCUCUUCCCUGGACUCCUCAAAUUGGCAAUGGCAUUGCUGGCCAACUGGGCAACCAUACAGCUGUGGGUGCUUCUGCCCCUUCUGCCUGCCUUGCUGAACCUCUGCCAUGCGUAGCUCAGGAUUCAUUGGCUUUGCCUGGCCCAUCAUAUGCAGGCAACUCCUCUUUAAUUGGCAGGAGCAGUUUUAUCAGAGAGAGGCCAUCACUGUGCAAUGGCAGGAAAGUUCAAGUGUUGCAGCAGAAGUCAGACCAUGGUGCUAAUAGCCAGAGCCCAGCUGAAAAAACACACUUGGAUAGACAUCUUCCUUCCCCACCAACACUGGACAGUAUCAUCACAGAGCAUCUUAGGGAGCAACAUGCUCGCUGCAAGAAUCCCAUUGCCACGUGUCCACCUUUUUCUCUCUUUACUCCUCACCAGUGUCCUGAGCCAAAACAGAGGCGGCAAGCUCCAAUCAACUUUACCUCAAGGCUAAACAGCAGGGCAUUGUUUCCAAAAUAUGGAGGAGUGGAUGGCGGGUGCUUUGAUAGGCACCUUAUAUUUAGCAGAUUUCGUCCUAUUUCAGUGUUCCGGGAAGCUCAUGAAUAUGAGAGUGGCUUUACCUGUUGUGCAUUCUCAGCCCAGGAGAGGUUCCUGAUGCUUGGUACUUAUACAGGGCAGCUGAAACUCUACAAUGUAUUUAGUGGACAGGAAGAGGCCAGCUACAACUGUCACAACUCAGCCAUCACACACCUUGAACCUUCCAGGGAUGGGUCCUUACUUCUGACAUCUGGCACUUGGAGCCAGCCUUUGUCUGCACUUUGGGGGAUGAGGUCAGUAUUUGAUAUGAAACAUUCCUUCACAGAAGAUCAUUAUGUUGAGUUCAGUAAGUACUCUCAGGAUCAGAUCAUAGGCACAGAAGAAGACAUUGCCCAUAUUUAUGAUAUUGAGACUGGCACCAAGCUGUUGACUCUGUUUAACCCAGAUCUUGCCAACAACUACAAGAGGAACUGUGCCACCUUUAAUCCUACAGAUGACCUUGUCUUAAAUGAUGGGGUGCUCUGGGAUGUGCACUCUGCACAGGCCAUCCACAAGUUUGACAAGUUCAACAGGAAUAUCAGUGGUGUUUUCCAUCCCAAUGGGCUGGAGGUCAUCAUCAACACAGAGAUUUGGGACCUUCGAACUUUCCAUCUUUUACACACAGUUCCUGCUCUGGAUCAAUGUCAUGUGGUGUUUAACCACACAGGGACAGUGAUGUAUGGAGCAAUGUUGCAGGCAGAUGAUGAAGAUGACUUCUUGGAAGAGAGGAUGAGGAGCCCCUUUGGGUCAUCCUUCCGAACAUUUAAUGCAACUGAUUACAAACCUAUAGCUACUAUUGAUGUGAAACGGAACAUCUUUGACCUGUGUACAGACACCAAAGAUUGCUAUCUUGCUGUCAUUGAGAAUCAAGCCAGUAUGGAUGCCCCUAACAUGGACACAGUAUGCAGGCUUUAUGAGGUGGGCAGGCAGCGUUUGUCAGAGGAAGAAGAUGAAGAGGAGGACUCUGAAGAGGAAGAACUGGAGGAAGAGAAUGAUGAUGAUGACACUGAUGAUGGAGAGGAACUUGACACUGACCAGCAGAUGGUCGCAGAAAUGGAGGAACCUGAAAACAGUGAGAACACAGGACAGGAUGGCGACAAUGACUUCUCUCCCUCUGAUGAGGAGCUAGCAAGCCUAGAGGAGGAAGAGGAGGGGGAAGAUGAACACUCUGAUGCAGAUGAGGAUUUGGAAGUGAUUCUGGUGGAGGACAGCUCAGACAACUCUGAUUUGGAAGAUGACAUCAUCUAUUCUCUGAAUGAGUGAUG